AUGGAUCAACCAAUCCUACCGAAGCCGCCCCGCUGCAGGCUCGGCAAGUGUCACCCCCAAUGUCUCCAGAGCUUCCAAAACAUCCAGAAUUUCACGUUCUUUCUGAGUAUCUUUGCCGUUAUGUCAGGAAUGCUUCCAAGGUACCUCGUCUCCCAGAUCACUGCAAUCGAGAAACAUUUUGAAAUGCCAAGCCAGCGCUCUGGAAUAAUCAUCAGCGCGAAAGAAAUCGGCUUCCUUUUAACCGUUGUUUUCGUCGGUCACUUCUUGAACAAAUCAAAUCGACCGCGGGUGUUGGCCGCAUGUGCCUUCACCAUCGGUGUCUCGUCCCUGCUUAUGACGCUACCAUUCUUCAUCUACGGGACUCCGUCCAAACACAAUGGAGAACAAACCUCCAAGAAAAUAAGCAGCAGCCAGCUUUGCCAGAGGAAUAGGACCAAGAUUGACUUAUCAGUGAGAUGUGUGAAUACGACGGGAAAAGGAGUUGGCAAUGGCGAUGUGGCAUUUGGUACAUUCAUCCUAGCUGCUAUUUUGUCUGGCUGUGGAUCUUCCGGCCUGUAUUCUAUUGGUAUUGCCUUUAUUGACGAUAACGCUGAUAAAAAUGAAGCUGCUUUGUACAUAGGUUUUACGCUUUGCCUUCGGUCAAUUUCCCCAGUAUUAGGCACGAUGUUUGGUGCAGGAGUGUCGCGUAUUCAUGUGGAUCUUCAAGAUCACCCGGGUCCGCAACAUUCGUCUUGGAUCGGGGCAUGGUGGAUCGGAUUCCUCGCCAUUGGGGUCAUAGUUAUCCUGUCGGGCGUCCCGCUCUUGUUUUACCCUAAGCACCUACCAAAGGCCAAAGAAAGAAAAGUAGCGACAGCAGCCCCAAGCCCUGCGAUAUCACCGAGUCGAAGCACAGUAGAGAGUGCGGCGGAUGAGGAAGGCGAGAUGUUGGCUAAAAGUUUCCCUAAAAGUGUCUGGAAGCUGCUUAGAAAUACCGUUUUCAUUGUUUUUGUAAUUGGGAGUAUGGUGAACGUAGCGGCUGGCACGGGGUUCAUGGCGUUUCUACCUAAAUAUAUAGAGUCGCAGUUUCAUGUCGACACAUUCACUGCCAACAUGGUUGCAGUCUUUCCCGUGCCUGUCCUCUUCGGGUGGCUCUUGGACAGCCUCUGCCUGGUGACGGAAUCAAGCUCCGGCUGCAACCUGGAUAAGUCCGAGUUAUGCCUCGUCUACGACAAUGAGGCCAUUCGGUACAGCCUACAUGGUGUGACCUUUGGAUUACGCUUUCUGUGUCCGAUAUUGUACAUGUUGUGUUGGUUUCUCUCGAGGAAUAUGGUAUUUCCUGGAGAUAAGACCGAUAAAGAUGAGAAGAAACAGCAAGAAUUCAAAGAUGAAGUCAAAGAAAAAGACAAGGAGGAGGAUGUUGGAAACUAUUGA